AGAAUUUUUUUUUAUAAUAUCGAUUUUGCCACCCAACUUCUCCCACUCCUUCACCACUGUGUCCUGCUGCUGCUUUCUCACCUCUCCAUCAUUCAUUUCUUUCGUUCUUUUUUUCUCCCAUCCGUUUCUUUUAUUCUUCUUUCCCCUUAAAUUAAAAUCUUUUAAAUUAAAUUAUUGGAUAUUGUUGUUUCUCUGCGUUUCUUUCCAAACCCAUUUUCUUCCUCUUCAAUUGAUUAAGCUUCUCUUCGACUUCUUGAUUUUACAGGAUCUGAAGGAAGCUUUGGUUUAAUUUAUUUCUGUAAAUCGGAUUAAUUUUUUGAUGGGCAAUCAUUAAGAGUUACAUACAUAUGUUCUCUUAGCUUCUCUUACAAGAUCUUUUGGGUAUGUCUUGUUCUUUGAAGUUGCUAUCUUUCUUCCAUGUUCCAGAGAUUUGCCUUAUUUUCUCACUUUUGACAUAAUAAUUUCUUUUGCCUGUUUUUGUUACUUGGUUUAAAUGAAUCUUUGACCAUGAUCACUAAAUUUGGUUCCUAGGCAAGAUCAAAAAAAGUUCAUCAAAUAGGCAAACUUGAUUCUCCAUAUAGAUUUACUAGAGUUCCUGUCUGGGUGUUGUUUAUGAAGAAUCAAUCAAUUCCUACUUGUUAGUAUCUGUAAUAUAUCUGAGGCCUUGAUCAUGAACUAUAGUUUCCUCGAACCAUAGUUUCCUCAAAGAUCUCAACUGUGUCUCUAGUUGGAUUGUAAUCUGUAUUUCUUACUGUAAUAUUUCUGAAAGUUCAAUACUUUACGGGUAUAUAUACACACAAAACGGUUAAGCUCUAGAGAAGAUGUUGGGAGGCAACAAUGAGAACCCUGUGCCGCAGGUUUUAAUGAACGACAGCCAGUUUCAGUAUCAAACAAAUACAUCGUUGAAUCAGCUUCACUUGCUUGGGACAAUGAGACCUGGUUGUACUAUUGAUCCCGUAAACUACUUUGCUAAUGAUAACCUAGCUCCUAUGAUUCGGCAUAAUAGCAAACGCGGAAGGGAAACCGAAAUCAAUAAUAAUAUGCAGAGACAGCAGAAGCUGCAGAUCUCUUUGAAUUAUAACUACAACAACAAUAGUGUUGUUCAAGAUGAAGUCCCAAAACAGAACUUAGUGUCCACGGGUCUGAGACUAUCUUAUGACGAUGAUGAGCGCAACUCUUCUGUAACUUCGGCAAAUUUAAGUAUCACAACUCCAGUCUUUCAGUCACUCGGUGACAAUAUCAGAUUGGACCUUCAUAGACAGAAAGAGGAGCUUGAUCAGUUUAUCAAAUUCCGGGCAGAUCAAAUGGCGAAAGGUGUGAGAGAUAUGAAACAGAGACAUGUCACGUCCUUUGUCACGGCCUUAGAGAAGGAUGUGAGUAAGAAGCUUCAAGAGAAAGACCAGGAGAUUGAAAGCAUGAACAAGAAGAACCGGGAACUCGUGGAUAAGAUAAAACAAGUGGCAGUGGAAGCUCAGAACUGGCAUUACAAAGCAAAGUACAAUGAAUCUGUGGUUAAUGCCUUAAAGAUAAACUUGCAACAAGUGAUGUCACAUGGAAACGACAACAAUGCAGCAGGAGUAGUAGCUGAUCAUCAUCAAAUGAAAGAAGGGUUUGGGGAUAGUGAGAUUGAUGACGAGGCAGCCUCAUACAACUACUUGAACAUCCCGGGGAUACCAAGUGCUGCGAUGAGGUGUAAGUCAUGUAACGUAAAGGAUGUUUCGGUCUUGCUCGUGCCGUGUAGGCACUUGAGUUUGUGUAAAGACUGUGAUGUGUUUACUGGUGUUUGUCCUGUUUGCCAGUCUUUGAAAACUUCUAGUGUUCAGGUCUUCUUCUCCUGAGUUGUCUUCAUACUGUUGAAAAGUUAAUGAUGGAGAAACAUGAACAUAUAUGUAUGUGAUGAUGAUGAUGAUGAUGAGCUGAAGAUGAAAAACUUGCUCGAGUCUU